AUGCACCUCUACCGCUCAGGAAGCCUUUUGGCCUUGACUGGGCUUCUUGCCCAGGUAUCCGCACUUCCUCAGAUUUCACUGCAGGCGGAUGCCGCUCCCACAUACAAAAACCAGCCCGAGAGAGCCGCCGCCGUGAAGGAGGCUUUCCAGCGCUCCUGGGAUGGCUAUCGGAAGUUCGCUUUUCCUAACGAUACCCUGAAGCCUGUGUCCAACACGUUCGAGAACGACCGCAAUGGAUGGGGUGCCAGUGCCGUUGAUGCGCUCAGUACAGCCAUCAUCAUGGAGAACAAGGACAUUGUUGGCCAGAUUCUGGAAUUUGUGCCAUCGAUUAACUUUGAUGUCACAUCUUCUGAAGUCUCGGUGUUUGAGACAACCAUCCGUUAUCUGGGCGGAUUGCUAUCGGGUUACGACAUGCUCAAGGGGACUCUCAAGGAUGUCGCUUCCAACUCGACAGGCGUAGAUGCGCUGCUCACCCAGGCAAAGAAACUUGCGGACAACCUCAAAGUGGCCUUCGACACACCCUCCGGUGUGCCGGACAACACUCUCGUCUACGACCCGAAACCGCGCAAGAACGGAUCUAGCACCAACGGUAUUGCGACCAUCGGAACUCUGGUCCUCGAGUGGACUCGCCUGAGCGACCUGACUGGCGACACUCAAUACGCCAACCUGUCGCAACGUGGAGAGAACUACCUGCUCAAGCCCAACGAAGAGGUGUUCCCCGGCCUCCUGGGCACCGAUGUGUUCAUCGAGAACGGCACGUUCGCCGAUCGCAGCGGAGGCUGGAACGGCGGAACGGACAGCUUCUACGAGUAUCUCAUCAAGAUGUGGGUGUACGACCAAAAGCGGUUUUCUCUCUACAAGGACCGCUGGGUGGCUGCGGCCGACUCUUCUAUCAAGUUCCUGGCAUCCAACCCGUCGACGCGUCCGGAUCUCACCUUCCUCGCCGCCUACACCAAUGCCCAGAUUAGAUUCGUGUCGAGUCACUUGGCAUGUUUCGACGGUGGCAACUUCAUCUUGGGCGGCCUUGUCCUUAAGGAGCAGAAAUACGUUGAUUUCGGUAUCAAGCUUACGGAGGGUUGCCGUGAGACGUACAAACAAACAGCCACCCGCAUCGGACCCGAAAUCUUCCGGUGGUUCGAAGACAAGCCCGGCAUCAACACCACUUUGAACCCCCAGCCCCCGGCCAACCAGACUGAUUUCUACAACAAAGCCGGAUUCUGGAUUAGAAGCGAUGGUGGCUCGUACGUGCUUCGGCCAGAGGUCAUCGAAAGCUACUACUAUGCCUAUCGCGCCACCGGAGACUCCAAGUACCAGGACUGGGCAUGGGAUGCGUUCCUCGCCAUCAACAAGACUUGCAGCGUCGGCAGCGGGUUCUCGUCCAUCACGAACGUCAACGAUCCAAAGGGUGGUUCUUUCGACGACUUCCAAGAGAGCUUUUGGUUCGCCGAGGUGAUGAAGUACAGUUACUUGAUCCAAGCUACCGACGCCAAGGUUCAAGUUGAGGUUGCGGACAAUAAGUGGGUGUUCAACACGGAGGCUCAUCCGUUCCAGGUCCCUUCAUAA